AUGUUGUCACUAGUACCUCUACUGGCGCAAGAGCUCGCUCACUCUACUUCUUUUCGAGGUCCAUUGGACCAGGACACGGACUCUGUCGACACUCUCUGGACAUCGUCACUUCUCUUGCUAAGAAGGACUGGGGUAUCGAAGCAUUCUACCAAGGUCUACUCUCCAUCACUUGACAUAGGACUUCACUCUGUAACAGUCAUUAGGAGGACUUAUACCCGUACAAGCGUACGCCAAUCUGUGCACCAGAUACUGAGCUCUGACUGCAAAAAGAGCUUCCACCAUCAAGAGCAGCGACUGAGCAAGCAUUCGAUAAAGUCAUGCUACUUCUCGUGCUGUCUGGGAACCAUAGGGACACUCGUCGUCGACGGCUGCUCGAUCGCUGGCGCGCAGACAGUCCAGUCGACGAGUACACAGGCAGCAGGCAGCAGGCAGCAGAUGGAUUCUGCGCAAAGAGAGCGAUUCCAUCGUGGUUCUCCUCAAGCCCAGCUCACUGGGCGGCUCCUGGUGCUCAGUCUCUUCGCAUGCCAGAGCGUCAAGGAUCAGCACGCCUCUAAGACAGCCAAGCUCAGUCAUGACAGCCCAUGUACUGCGCUGGAGCGUUCUUAUCUCCGGCGACUGGAUGCUGGACUGCGCAAGGCUGGCUCAGAGGAUGCACAGAAGGCUGAAGAGGAACGUGCGUGGCUGGAGGAGUGGGAGGAAGGGUCCGCGAUAGACCCCGAAGCCAUCGAGCACUGGCCACAGGGAGCCAUGGCUACGCAGGCGCUCGUUGGCUUUAUGAAGGCAGGUGGGAAGGACCGCGUCAUGGAUCUGGCAACCUGGCGCCGACGCUGGCCCCUCGGUAUCACCAGCAAGGUCUGGGGACGACUCGAGGACGUUAGAUGGCUCCUCUUCGCUCCCGCGGGACCUUCGACGGACUCCAGAUAUACCUCUGCCGACAACGGCGAAGCUUCUCGGGACCAGCUGCGGAGGAUCGCGUACCUGUGA